AUGGUGCAAUAUUACGGUAGCAUGUUCACUUCUUUGUUCACUUUGUACAAGUCCAUCACAGGCGGCAUCAGUUGGUGUGAGGUGGCUGAUCCAUUGCUUGAGCUCAGUCCUCUCAUGGGUGCGGCUUUCUCCAUAUACAUAGCUUUCGGCCUCCUAUGUGUGCUCAAUAUCGUGACCGGCGUGUUCGUGGACAACACCAAGAAGAUGUACAAUCGCGACGAUGGGGCCGUAGCUUUGGACGAGAUCGACCGGACGAAAAACAAAGCACGAGACUUGAAGGCUUUAUUUUUGAGGGCUGAUUCUGACGGUGACGAAGAUGUUACUCUAGAAGAGUUCAAAAAGCUCCUGGAUGUUCCCGAGGUCAGGGCCGUGAUGCGCGCGCAGUACGGCCUGGACGUGGACCAGAAAAGCGCCGAGGGACUCUUCGCAAUGUUCGAUAGGGAUGGAGAUAAUUCUUUGAGCGUCGACGAGUUCAUUUUCGCCAUUCAGCGCUUUCACGGCCAAGCCUCCAGCUUGGAGCUUGCACAGGUAUCAAUGCAGCAGAUGCGCUUGGGCCGAGAAAUCGCCAAGAUACAGUCGAUGUUGACACAUAACGCCAUGCAGCAGAGUCCAGAUAGCUCAAACGUUACCAAGAGGCCUCCUAAGAUUGCCGAUUGCCAACCAACUGCGAAGUCCACAGUGACAUUGGGUAGAACUUCCUACUUGCUUCCUACAUCUGACACAAAGGAGCUCGACUGA